UCUACUCACAAUUUAGUCAGUAAAAUUUAGAGGAAAACUGAGGUAUCUACACACCCACUAUAAUAGCUAGGAUCGAAACUGACAAACGUUGGUGAAGAUACGGAGUAACUGAAAGGCCAAUGCAUUGCUGGUGGAAAUGCAAAGUAGUACACCCAGUCUGGAAAAACUGAAGUUUAGAAAUUCCCUGUAUAUUCUGGAAAUAUACAUGUACAGUGUGUGUGCAUGUACCCGCCCCCUGCCCCCCUUCCCCCAUUCGCUGUAACGAAGGGCAGGCUCCUUGCAUCAUCUGACCACGUCCUUAGAAAACAGUUUGGGAUUACCGAGCUACUGCUCUUUUGGAGAUCAGGCAAGUGGGGCCAGCACCUACAGCAGAAUUACACUGGAAAAGGUUCCGUCUGUUCAAGCUUUCGUGAAGCACCUGAGCCUUCCGCCAGGAACGUCACUGAUCUCGCGAGACGACGGGUCCUCGGAGGACACAAAAUUCCCCGGCUGCUAGGGCCAAGGGUUUUUGCCUUGUUAAAUUCCAACGGGCGGAAGUGGCUGUGGGUUGUCGCCUCUAAUCGCUCAGAAAUCAACCCCAGUUCCACACGGAAAGCUAGGCCCCCGACCACCAUGGACGGGCAGCAAGGGCAGGAAAGUCCCGCAGUCCUAGCACUAGCCCAGGCUCAUUUCAAAAAAGGUGAAUACGCGGAGGCCGAGGCGCUGUACUCCGCUUAUAUUCGCCAGUGCGCCUGUGCGGCCUCGGAGGGAGCAGCACACCUGAGCAAAUGCAGCCCUGAGGAUUUGGCUACUGCAUUUAACAACAGGGGGCAAAUCAAAUACUUCAGGGUUGAUUUUUACGAAGCCAUGGACGACUACACAUCUGCUAUAGAAGUCCAACCCAGUUUUGAAGUUCCAUAUUACAACAGAGGCUUGAUAUUGUAUAGGCUGGGAUACUUUGAUGAUGCUUUGGAAGAUUUCAAGAAAGUAUUAGACUUAAAUCCUGGAUUUCAAGAUGCUGUUUUGAGCUUAAAACAGACUAUUCUAGACAAAGAAGAAAAGCAAAGAAGAAAUUAUUGAACAUUUUAACUCAUGAUCCUAAUGGCUGGCAUCUCCUUGUCUCUAAUUGAAAGCUGGUGUUAAAAUGUUUUGAUUUAUAUUUAAGAUAAAGAGAUUCCUGCAUCAGCACUGAAAGUUAAAUGCUGUACUUGAGGUAAUUGAUUUUGGGUUGAGUAACUAUGUUGACUAGGUAUGCUUUUAUAAAGUGUAAAUAAUUAAUAAGAAUGUAUAAUUGUAUCAUAUUACAAUACAAUAUCUAAAGAAAUGUGUGGUAUUUUCUUCAGGAAAACUGUUUUGCUGUUUUUUAUUCCCAACUUUUUAUUUAAAAAUUUUUACCUCCGCAGAAAAUUGAAAGUAUGGUACAGUAAACACUUUUUGUUGUUAGCAUUGUGUCAUAUUUGCUUAUUCUCUGUAUUUAAAUAUAUAACUUUUGUGCUGAACUGUUUGAAAAUAAGUUGCAGAUAUCACCAUACUUUACCCUUAAAUAUUUCAGCGUGCAUUGUCUAAGAAUAGAGACAGCCUUCUUUAUAGCCACAACACCAUUAUAAUAUCUAAUAAAACUAAUAAUUCUAUAAUACCACCCAUGGCCAGCCCGUAUUUGACUCCCCAAUUGUUUCCAAAAUGUCUUGUGUAGACUUUUGUUUCUGGGAUCUGGAGUCAGGCAAGUUAACACUGCAUUCUGUUGUUAAGUCUCUGUGUGUUUUAAUCUGCACUAGUUGCCUCCUCAUUUCCUCCCCAUGGCAUUUUGAGAGUAAAGCUCUUUUAUAAAGCUAGGCUAGCGAGACAUAAUAUUUGGGCUUAACAAUAAACAUCUUUCAUGAGAGCCAUUUGAAAGAA